UGUCUCCCUUGUUGAUUUAAACCGCUGUUUUUAUAAUCUUUACUCGGUUGGUUGUCAACGAUUUAAGUUGCCUGUUUAAUCAGAUCACAUCUUACCCGUCUUUCAAGAUGUUGUUUACCAAACCAAUAAUAGGAUUACUUGUUUCAGGGUUCGUUAUAGCGGCAAUUGGUGGUGGUAUGUUCCCACUUUUUAGCUAUAUAUUACGAAAGAAAAUCGAUGAUCAAGUGCCUUUAACCAAUAAUUCAGAGUCAUUCAAUAAUUGGCUCAAUCCUCCGAUUCCUGUAUAUUUCCAAGUAUAUGUCUUCAACUACACCAACAGUGAAGCAAUCCAGAAAAAUGGGACAAACCCUUCAGUUACAGAAACUGGCCCAUACACAUACAAGGAACAUAUUGAAAAGGUUGAUGUUGUCCUAGAAAAUGGUACAGUAUCAUAUCGGGAAAACAAAUACUACAUCUUUGACAGAGAGAAGUCUGCAGGACCUGAAUCUAAUGUUGUCAUUAUACCAAACCUCCCAGUUUUGACUGUGGUCAAUUUUGUAAGAUACACAAAUGCAACUAUAAAAACGCUUGUAAAUUUGCUCACAUUUAUGGACAAACCCUUCAAGACGUUGACUGUUGGUGACAUUAUUUGGGGAUAUAAGGAUCCUGUUAUUGCAAAUUUGGCUAAAUAUAUUCCCAAGUCUAUGAAUGUCACUCUUCCCAAAAAAUUUGGAAUAUUUUAUGGUAAAAACGGCACUGAUGAUGGAAACUACAUAAUUCAUUCUGGAACUAAAGAUGUGAAUGAUCUUGGAAUCAUCAAAUCCUGGAAUGGAGUUAGUUCUCUUCCUUAUUGGAACAGUCCAUAUUGUAAUAUGAUUAAUGGAUCAGAUGGUACUCUUUUCUCACCAUUCAAAACCAAAGAUUCCAACAUUUAUAUCUUCUCUACAGAUAUUUGUCGCUCUGUUCAUGCAACAUUUGACAAAAAACUGACAGUACAUGAUAUUCCAGUGAACAGAUACACACCACCUCCUGAUUUGUUUGCUACUGGAGAUAUAGAGCCUGCAAAUAAGGGAUUUUGUACUCCAAACUGUUUGCCAUCAGGUCUGUUGAAUGUUAGCAAAUGCCAUCAAGAUGCUCCCAUUGUGCUUUCUCAACCUCACUUCUACCAAGCUGAUCCUGCAGUAAUAAACAAUGUGACUGGUUUAAAACCAGACCCAGAAAAGCACUCCACUCAACUGGACAUUGAACCAACAACAGGUCUGGGACUGCAUCUUGCAAAACGUCUACAGAUAAAUCUUAUGAUUGAAGCCAUUCCAGGAAUAACAAUAUCUCAGCAAUUAGAUAAAAAAGCUCUUCCAGUCCUGUGGAUUGAUGAGAAUGCUGAAGUUGAUUCAGAGACUGCUAAGAAGUUCCAAGAUGAGGUGGGAAUUCCAAUGAAAGUAAUGUUUGGAGUUAAAUAUGGUCUCCUAAGUCUUGGCGGUUUCCUAGUACUUUUGGCUCUGUUGCUACUGAUGCGUAAUGCAAUUGUAUCUGAAACUAAGCGACAUGGUUACGAAAGCAUAUAAGCAUAACAUUAGUGAACCAAUUUUCCCCUUUUACCAAUUUAUUCAAAAAAAGUCUCCAGUUCAAGUCACAACUUUAAUGACUCUAUUACAAGACAGUUGAAUGGUUUAAAAAAAGAACAUGUUGUUGUUGUUAUGAUUAUUCUUAUUACUAUUAUUAUUAUUAUUAUUAUUAUGAUACAGGUGGCAAGCUGACAGAAUUGUUAGCAUGCUGGACGAAAUGCUUAGCGGUAUUUCG